AUGGCUUCCAAGAAGACACCCUUCCUGCGGUCACCCGACCUCCGCCCGGUUGCCGCCCCUUACGGCUCCGUUUCACUAACUCCCAGUCGCAACAACUCGCCGGCUGGCAGCGACUGCCGCGACCCGGACGCCCACCAGCUUCGACAUGUUCCCGACACGAUGCGGAGCGACACCUCCCGCCGCUCGAAUACUUCUCGACAUUCCUCGAGGUUAUCUGAGGAGAUUGAAGGCGCUGUUCUCGUCUCUGGCCUUGAGGGUCGUUUUGGUGUGGCCGAACAUACCCACGCCGGCGGCCUUCUCGAAGAAAGUAUGAAGGACGAUGUGUCUGAAGACGGACCCUUGCUGGACGACGCCUCGACGACUGCCUCUGACGCCGAAUUCGAGGAGAACUCACCUCACGAAGCUGUUCGCGCCUCCGUUUCUCCCACCGACGACAUCACCCUUUCCAUAAACACCCCCCGCAUGUGGUGCCUCUCCGUCAUCUUCUCCAUUCUCGGAUCCUCCACCAACCUAUUCUUUUCCUUGAGAUACCCUAGCGUUGCUAUCACUCCUGUUAUUGCGUUGCUUCUCGUCCACCCCCUUGGCCAUCUCUGGGACUUCGUGCUGAAGCGGUCAUAUGACCCAGAAGAAACUUUUGUGGAUGGAGUCAGGACGCCUUCCAUCUCCGAGAACGCCCGCGUUCCUCUUAAACAAAGCAGAGCUACCUCUUGGCGUCUGUGGUUAGCUCAAGGACGAUGGAACGAAAAAGAACACACUUGCGUCUAUGUUAGCAGCAAUGUGGCUUUCGGUUUCGCGUUUGCGACUGAUGUCAUUGUUGAGCAGACGCAAUUCUAUAACCAGGAGGCUCCCAUUGUAUACCAGCUCCUUCUUACUAUCUCAACACAGAUUCUGGGAUAUGGCUUUGCGGGCAUAACCAGGCGAUUCCUCGUUCGACCGAGCGGCAUGAUCUGGCCUGGGACCCUCAUGUCAGCUGCCAUGUUCUCGACCCUCCACAAGCAAGAGAACAAACCUGCUGAAGGCUGGACUAUUAGCAGGUGGAAGUUCUUCUACAUCAUCUGGACUGGGUCUUUCCUCUUCUACUUCCUCCCUGGACUGCUCAUGCCGGCCUUGAGUUACUUCAACGUCAUCACCUGGUUCGCUCCUAAGAGUGUUGUUAUUGCCAAUCUGUUUGGUGUGUCUUCGGGCCUCGGGCUCUUCCCUUUGACAUUUGAUUGGGCCCAAAUCACAUAUGUUGGCUCCCCGCUGCUGGUGCCUUUCUGGGCUGCCAUGAAUGUCAUCGGAGGCCUGACUAUUGUUAUGUGGGUUAUUGCACCGAUUCUUUACUACAGCAACUUUCUCUUCUCAUCAUACAUGCCGAUCCUCUCCGCUGCCGUCUUCGACAACACCGGAAAGGUUUAUGAUGUCAGCCGGAUCCUUACCUCUGAUUUCCUAUUCGACAGAGAGGCGUAUCAGAGCUACAGUCGCGUAUUCCUCCCAGUCACAUACGUACUUAGCUACGGUGUGCAGUUUGCUGGUCUUGCUGCCUUGCUGACCCACACAGCUUGUUGGCAUGGCCAGGAUAUCUGGAGGACCUGGAAAAAAGCUCUUGCGGAGGCUCGUGAGGAUGGGAAGCCGGAAUAUCAACCAGUUUCGGAUGCCUCUGGUCAACCAUCGUCGCGGCGCUCUACGGACGACGAUUACACGCGGAUGUCGUCAUCAACCUCCAACGUUGAGGGCCUAAUUAGUCGGGAAGAUGUUCACAGCCGUCUCAUGAAGCGGUACAAGGAUGCGCCACUGAGUUGGUAUUUGAUCACCUUCCUCUCCAUGACAGCCAUUGGCAUCUUUGUGGUUGAAUACUAUCCCGUCCACUUGCCAUGGUACGGUCUUCUACUAGCCUUGGCCAUCGGCGCCAUCUUCUUUAUCCCCAACGGCAUUAUUAUGGCUGUGACGAACCAGCACAGCAGCAUCUAUCUUAUUUGCCAGCUCAUCUGCGGCGUCGUCUUCCCGGGACGUCCUAUUGCUAACAUGGUCUUCGUCACGUAUGGCUACAUCUCCUCGGCGCAGGGGAUCAAGUUCGCUUCCGAUCUUAAGCUCGGCCACUACAUGAAGAUUCCCCCUCGCAUUCUUUUUUCCGUUCAGGUCGUCGCCACGCUCGUGUCGUCGUUCACCCAGAUCGGUGUUUUGAAUUGGAUGUUCGCCAACAUCAGGGGCAUCUGCACAUCAGAGGCCAUCAGCGGCUUUACCUGCCCUAUUGCACGCGUCCACUUCAACGGAUCAAUUCUCUGGGGCGUCGUUGGCCCUCACGAGUUCUUCGGUCCCAAGGCCAUCUACCGCUCCCUCAUCUGGUUUUUCCCACUUGGCGCUCUCCUCCCCAUUCCCCUCUGGCUUUACAGCCGCCGCCACCACCAGAGCAUUCUUCGCAAGGUCAACCUCCCAGUCAUUUUCGGCGCCAUGUCUUGGAUCCCUCCCGCCACCGGUCUCAACUUCUCAGUUUGGGCUGUCGUAUGCUACGUCUUCAAUUAUCUUCUCAAGAACCGCCACAAUGCUUGGUGGAGCAAGUACACCAUGACUCUUAGCGCUGCCCUCGACUCUGGCCUCGCCUUCGGUAUCGUUGUCGUCUUCUUCGGCUUCCUCUAUCCCGGUUGGAUGGACGGCUUCCACUGGUGGGGCACGGAAGUCUACAAGCAGGGCUGCGACUGGCAAGCCUGCGCCUACAACAUUGUCCCAGAAGGCGAGCGUUUUGGUCCUGAUGCUUGGUGA